AUGCCGAGCGUACAGACAAACGGUGCAGCGCACGCUGCCAGGGCCAUCAAUGGCGGCGCAUCGACAUUGCCGGCUGUAUGCGCCGAGCUGCGGCGGCAGGUCCUGGCCUUUCUCGACGUGCCUGCCCCGGACGAGACGACCAAGAGAACACAGGAGCAGAUACGCAUAUCACUGCAAGUCGUCGAGGAAGCGCUGAAACGGUACAAGUUCGAGGAGUUGUCGCUCUCCUAUAACGGCGGAAAGGACUGCCUCUGCCUGCUGGUACUUCUCCUGGCGUGCUUGCCGACGCUGCCGACGGCGAGCGGCGGCAAGACGUCGACAACGGAUGGCAACGGUGACGUCCCCCGGAUCCAAGCCAUGUACAUUGCACCGCCGGAUCCGUUUCCAGAGAUGGGGGAGUUUGUCGCGCAGUCGACGCGCGAGUACCACCUGGACCUGAAGCAGUAUACAAUGGCCAUGCGGCCGGCGCUAGACGCGUACCUGGCCGAGACGCCGGCGGUCCGGGCCAUCUUCAUGGGUACCCGGCGGACCGACCCUUACAGCGAGCACCUGGAGCACUUUAGCCCGACGGACGCCGGCUGGCCGCAGUUUAUGCGCAUCAACCCCAUGAUUGACUGGCACUACGUGGACAUUUGGAUUUUCCUGCGCCGAUUGGAGAUUCCGUACUGCAAUUUGUAUAACCUCGGAUACACGUCGCUUGGCGGCACGAGCAACACAAAGCCGAACCCGAAGCUCGCCGUGGAUACGGAGGGAACCACAUUUCGGCCGGCGUAUGACUUGACACGAGAUGAGGACGAGAGGCUGGGACGAGGCCGGUAA